UAACAGGCACAGACAAACAACAGCCAUGAUGAUGAUGCGGGUUGUGGCAGUGGCUGCGCUUGUGCUGGCCUCUGUUGUUGUGGGUGUGCUUGGUGCACCACCCAAGGUUUCCCUGUCCGCGCCAGUUCACGACGCUGUCGCUGGCGCAGAGGGCGUUGCUCGUCGCGUGCUUGGCGAGGAAGUUGCCCUCAACAUCGUCUUUCAAGAGAUCCCACCCAACGUCGCCGAUGGCCACGAUGUGUUUGAGAUUGAAACCGUGGACGGCCAACUUGUCAUCCGCGGCAAUACGGCCGUCGCCAUGUCCUCGGGAUUGUACUGGUACCUGCGGUACUACUGUAACUCCCAGGUCACAUGGGGGGUGAACGACUCUGGUCGUCAAAUCAAUGUCUCUGCGCAGCUCCCUGUUGUCAAGCCGAUGGUUCGGAAGGUCAACCAAGUCCGCUUCCGCUACUACAUGAACGUGUGCACUGUCAGCUACUCCAUGGCGUGGUGGAACUGGACCAGAUGGGAGAAAGAGUUGGAUUGGAUGGCGCUCCACGGCGUCAACCUUCCCCUCGCCUUCACAGGCCAGGAGUACAUCUGGUACGAGUUCUACUCGUCGCUCGGGCUGACGGACAGCGAGAUCUUGGACUACUUCACGGGUCCGGCCUUCCUUGCCUGGCAGCGCAUGGGCAACCUCAAGUACUGGGCGGCACCGCUGGACAAGGACUGGCGCACCUCCCAAUACAACCUGCAGCUGAAGAUCCUCUCGCGCGCCCGCGAGCUGGGCAUGGUCAGCGCGCUCCCCGGGUUUGCCGGCCACGUCCCUACCGCGAUCAAGCGCAUCUUCCCGCACGCCAACCUGACGCAGACGGCGGGGUGGGCUAAUUUCAACAGCACGUACUCGGACGUGUCGCUGCUGCAGCCAACAGACCCGCUGUUUCUCCAGCUCGGCACCAAGUUCUACAAGAUGCUCAUCAAGGCGUUUGGCACCGACCACGUGUUUCAGAUGGACACGUACAAUGAAAUGCAGCCCAGCUUCACCAACAUGACGCUGCUUGCGGAGAGCAACCGUGUUGUGUAUCAGGCCAUGGCAAACGCCGACCCAGAGGCCGUCUACCUCAUGCAGGGCUGGCUCUUCCACGAAAGCUACUGGACGCCCGAGCACGUGAAGGUGUACCUGUCUGGGGUGCCUGACGACAAGAUGAUCAUCCUCGACCUCAACACAGAGGCCAACCCCGUCUUCUCCCUCACCAGCGACUACUUUGGCAAGCUGUGGAUCUGGAACAUGCUGCUCAACUAUGGCGGCCGUCGUGGGCUGUACGGCAACGCAACAGACAUCUCCACGCGCCCGCUGCUUGACCUGCACCGCGCACAGGGCACGAUGGACGGCAUUGGCAUCACGCCAGAGGCCAUCGAGAACAACCCGGUCAUGUUUGAGCUGAUGCUGGAGAUGGGGUGGCACGCCACGCCCCCAGACAUGCACGACUGGAUUGCUGCGUACGCGUCAUCGCGCUACGGCAAGCGCGAGUCCCUGACGCAAUCAGCGUGGCAGCUGCUGCUGGAGCACGUGUACGACCAGCCGGACAUUGAUCGCUUCCACAUGGAGAUGGUGCCCGACCUGUCCUCUUCCGAGUCGCGCAACAGCAACACCACCGCCCUGGUGCAGGCCUGGCGCCUGCUGGUCACCGCCGCCGUGAACGGCUCCCUGCCCAUCACAGGGCCCUUCUCGUACGACCUUGUGGACGUUGGUCGCCAGGCCCUGCUCAACCUGUGGUCGGACGUACGCGGCAUGCUCGUGGCGCAUGUCAAGGAGUACAACGCCAACAUCGACAGCAGCCCAAGCACCGCCGCCUCGCAUGUACCGGCAAUCAAAUCGCUCUUCACCCUGCUGCUGGACAUUACGUCCGAUCUGGACAGGUUGCUUGGCACGGACGUGAACUAUCUGCUUGGCGUGUGGUUGGAGUCUGCAAAGGCAACAGCCGCCAACGCCGACGAGCGGGCGACGCGCGAGUUCAACGCGCGCAACCAAAUCACGCUUUGGGGCCCCGACGGCGAGAUCACAGACUACGCCGCAAAACAGUGGCAGGGACUUGUGUCGGACUAUUAUGUGAAGCGCUGGGAGAUGAUGCAUGACGCAACAUUGAGCGCGCUGAACUCCUCCACGAAGAUCGACACAAGUGCUCCAAAGGACACACUCAAGUUUGAACAAGCCUGGGGCAACGAGAACAAGACGUACCCGACAGCGCCGCAAGCCGAUGUGGUCAAGGUGUCGGCUGCAAUGCUGCAGAAGUAUGCAUCAUCGUCCUCAAACUACACGGUUUCGACUGGGUUUGAUGUUCCAUUCAAGGACAUUUACCAGGGAUGGACACGUGAUGUGGCCCAGCUGCAGAUCCUUUGCGACGCCGACCCAACGUGUGUGGGCUUCAACUCGAACGGCUACCUCAAGAACUCUCUCACGCCAUCCAAGUCGAGCCCGGGCACCAAGUUCUACAUCAAGAACACGUGAUGCGCACGUGCACGCAGCCAACUACCGCUGCUAUCUCCACCACCACUCGCUUUAUGUCGAUUCUAACCCACUUGCCCACACCAACCCACUUUUGGUAUUUUGUCUUGUGUCUGAUCAUUUCCAUGUUGAGUUGCGGUUUCAUUUCGUCUGUAUUUGCUUCUGUCACCAGCCAAGCAGACACAGUAAAGGGAACCGUAACUGAG